AUGUCUUGGCCAAGAAGCCCCGAAAGUGCUCUCACAGAACCAUCCGUCUCAUCAAUAGCACAUAUUGAAACGAGUGACCUUGAGCGACUCUUCCAAGAAAGACAUGUCGUGAGACAAGGUCUUCAUCAGCGGCACAUUCAAAUGAUUGGCUUGGCUGGUACCGUUGGCUCCGGCCUUUUCCUCAACUCUGGCCAAGCUCUCGCGAUGGGAGGACCCUUAGGUGCCUUCCUUGGCUAUACUCUCAUGGGACUUGCUGCUUCCAGUGUCGUCCUCGUAAUUGGAGAGAUGGGCACCUUAGUGCCUCUCAGUGGAGGCCCUGUUCGAUAUUCGGAGUUGUUUCUCGACCCUGCUGUGUCCUUCGCGAAUGGAUGGAACCAAGUAUGCUCAUAUUUGGUUACUAUCCCUGCCGAGAUCGUGGCAGCAUCGAUCUUAGUCGAAUUUUGGAGUUCUGUCAGUAGCGCAAUAUGGAUAACCGUUUUCGGCAUACUGAUACUGGUGACUGCCUUAUUGUUUAUCAGAAUUUAUGGAGAGAUUGAGUUUGUAUUUGCAAUGCUGAAGAUCUUCCUGAUCCUUGGGGUGAACAUUAUGGCACUAGUAAUAACCUGCGGGGGAGGUCCAAGUGGCCAAUCGAUUGGAUUCAGAUACUGGAAGAAUCCAGGGCCCUUUGUCCAAUAUUUUGGUAUCGAGGGUUCCCUGGGUCGAUUUCUCGGAUUCUGGUCAACUUUGAAUUACGCAACAUUUGCGUACGCAGGUGUUCAAAAUAUUACCCUCGCGGGCGCCGAAACGAGAUCUCCAAGGCGCGCUAUUCCGAAGGCAACAAAGAGGGUCUUGAUUCGAAUAUUAAUUUUCUAUGUUCUUUCUAUAUUUAUGAUCGGUCUUGUUAUUCCUUCAAAUGACCCAUACCUUCUCCAUUUGACCGGCACGGCUUCCCAGUCUCCAUUCGUUCUGGCCGCUCGCCGGGCAGGAAUACCGGAUAUACCCUCAAUUAUCAAUGCUGCUAUACUAGCUUCAGCUUGGUCUGCUGGAAAUUCUUUCAUGCUCUUUGGCUCCCGAAUUCUCUUUGGCAUGGCAAUUCAAGGACAUGCUCCUGCUAUUUUCGCCCGACUGAAUCGUUUCAAAGUGCCUUAUGCAGCCAUUGCCUUUUUCGGAGCAUUUAUGUGCCUAGGGUAUAUGGUUGUCUCUGAGACAGCAACCACAGUUUUUAGCUGGUUGCAGGCCGUCGUGGGAGUCUCGACUUUGAUUGACUGGAUAGUCAUUUGUGUUGUAUACCUCCGAUUCUACUACAGUUGCAAGAAGCAAGGAAUUGACCGACACAAAGAACUUCCGUGGGCUGCACCUUUUCAACCCUUCUCAACUUGGGCUUCCCUUGUGCUGCUCCUCCUUGUGCUUUUCACCGGUGGCUUCAGCACAUUUAUUCAUGGUCAUUGGAAUACUGAAACAUUUCUCUCGGCAUACAUCAAUAUUCCGAUAUUUCUGGUUCUGUACUUCGGCUACAAGUGGUGGAAGAAAACACGUAUCAUCGCUUUGGUGAAAAUUCCGAUUGUUGGUUUGAUACAGUUCUCCCUCAGUCAGGAAACCUCUGAUUAUGAACCACGACGAAAACGGAAAUUUGAAAAGGUUAAUUUUCUCUGGGCAUGA